GAAGGGCGUGCGGAUCACGUGAUGCCGAAGGUGAGGUUUGGCUGAAGCGGGGGCCGCAGUUGUGUAGCGGGUGCUGUUUUAAAGCACGGAAAUGGGUGAAAUGUGCCCCUGCCCCGGAGAACUCACACGCCGUUACAGGAAGAUCGUGUAACGGGCAAUUUUCAAGCUCCCAAUGGCGACCGUUCACUGAGCCCAGGGAGCUGUGGGACCGUGGAGGGGUGGGUACCGCGCACCUCCUGGGUCUAGGGGACGGCCGCCUGCAGAAGGCGAGCCCGAAGAUGUGACAAGAUCAAAGCUGCAGGAGAAUGGACAGUGAGGUACAGAGAGAUGGAAGGAUCUUGGAUCUCAUUGACGAUGCUUGGCGAGAAGACAAACUGCCUUAUGAAGAUGUUGCAAUACCACUGAAUGAGCUUCCUGAGCCUGAACAGGACAAUGGUGGUACCACAGAGUCUGUUAAAGAACAAGAAAUGAAGUGGACCGACUUAGCCUUACAGUACCUCCAUGAGAACGUUCCCCCCAUUGGAAACUGACAUCCGGCUCUGUUUUCAUGGACAUAUUUUUAAAAAAUAAAUAGAUACAAAUGUU